GCAUCUCCGUUCCAUUUAUCAGCUGCUCUGUCGAAUAUUUCACAAUCGUAAUAUUUAAUCAGCUAUGGAAGCACCACCUGAACAUUGUCCUGGCGUAGAGAGUGAACAGGCUGGGCGAGUUAGCGCCUGUGCCGGUUGCCCCAAUCAAAGUAUUUGCAGUGAUCCAAAUAAAAAACUUGAGGAUCCCGGCAAAGCUUUAGUGGCCGCUGCUCUAAAGGACGUUAAACACAAAUUACUGAUACUCUCCGGCAAGGGAGGCGUGGGCAAAAGCACAGUGACCACACUAUUGACCCGUUAUCUGGCCCGAAGUUGUCCGGAUAAUAAUUUUGGUGUUCUGGAUAUUGACAUUUGUGGUCCAUCACAGCCCCGACUUCUGGGAGCAGUUGGCGAGAAUGUCCAUCAGUCAGGCUCUGGCUGGUCACCGGUUGGAAUUGAUGAUAAUGUCUGUCUGAUGUCUAUUGGAUUUCUUUUAGGUUCUGUUGACGAUGCCAUUAUAUGGCGUGGCCCCAAAAAGAAUGGAAUGAUUCGCCAGUUUUUAAGCGAAGUUGAUUGGGGUAACUUAGAUCUGUUGCUUUUGGACACACCACCAGGCACCUCGGAUGAGCAUUUGUCGGUGGUUUCAUAUCUAAAGAAUGACGAAAUACCCAAUUCGGUGCGUGCCAUAAUUGUGACAACACCACAAGAGGUGGCAUUGUUAGAUGUGCGAAAAGAAAUCAACUUUUGCAAGAAGCAGGGCAUUCCCAUAGUCGGUGUUGUGGAAAAUAUGAGCAGUUUUCGGUGCGGCCAUUGCGGUAAUAGCUCAGAAAUCUUUCCUGCCAAAACUGGCGGUGCAGCGGCAAUGUGUACCGAAAUGGAAGUGCCACUUUUGGGCUCCCUGCCCUUAGAUCCGCUCAUCGCCAAGGCCUGUGAUUCUGGAGAGGAUAUAACGGCAAUGAAAAAUCCAACAACGGAAGCUCUAGCUGCAAUAUGCACACGGAUCAUGGAUAGCUUUAAUUAGAAUAAGUUUGCAUAAAAGUAAAACAAAAAAUAAAUGCAUUGAAUGCAAUCAA